UGACGCCAUAUUGUCAUGUCAGGAUAGACGAAAGUGCCAAACGCAGAUCGCGUUUUGUUUAAUUAAAUUUCUUAAAGUAAGUGUUUGCUCAAUUAAUCGCGGGUUUAACGACUACAGGCGCAGGGUGCAUUGCUGCAUCCACUGAAUCAUGAGCUAUCAGAUACCAUCAUCGCAAAGUCGCACAAUGUCGCACAGCAGCUAUGGUGGGUCUGAUGUGCCCAUGGCACCAAGCAAAGAACAGCAGACUUUGAUGUGGCAGCAGAACUCCUACUUGGUGGAUUCUGGUAUCAACUCCGGAGCAGCUACUCAGGUGCCAUCACUUACUGGCAAGGAAGAUGAUGAGAUGGAAGGAGACCAGCUUAUGUUUGACCUGGAUCAGGGCUUUGCUCAGGGUUUUACUCAGGAGCAAGUUGAUGAUAUGAACCAGCAGCUAUCGCAGACACGCUCUCAGCGUGUCCGUGCUGCAAUGUUCCCGGAGACUUUGGAGGAAGGCAUAGAGAUCCCUUCCACUCAGCUGGAUCCAGCUCAGCCGACUGCAGUUCAACGUCUUGCUGAGCCCUCGCAGAUGCUCAAGCAUGCCGUUGUCAACCUAAUCAACUAUCAGGAUGAUGCAGAUUUGGCUACCAGGGCUAUACCUGAGUUGAUCAAGCUCUUGAAUGAUGAAGAUCAAGUGGUUGUCUCCCAGGCUGCAAUGAUGGUGCACCAACUCUCCAAGAAGGAGGCUUCCCGUCAUGCCAUCAUGAACUCGCCCCAGAUGGUCGCUGCUUUAGUGCGCGCAAUCUCCAACAGCAAUGAUCUUGAAACCACCAAAGGUGCUGUCGGAACCCUGCAUAACUUGUCUCAUCACCGUCAGGGUCUUUUAGCGAUUUUCAAGAGCGGCGGAAUACCAGCUCUGGUUAAGCUUUUGAGCUCUCCUGUUGAAUCUGUUCUGUUCUAUGCCAUCACCACUUUGCACAAUCUUUUGCUGCACCAAGACGGUUCCAAGAUGGCAGUUCGUUUGGCUGGUGGCCUGCAGAAGAUGGUAGCUUUGCUGCAAAGGAACAAUGUCAAGUUUCUGGCCAUUGUAACUGACUGUCUUCAGAUCCUGGCAUAUGGGAAUCAAGAGUCCAAACUGAUUAUUCUAGCCUCUCAAGGUCCGAUCGAAUUAGUGCGUAUCAUGCGCUCGUACGAUUAUGAAAAGCUACUGUGGACUACCUCCAGAGUUUUGAAGGUUCUGUCUGUGUGCUCGAGCAACAAGCCGGCGAUUGUGGAGGCUGGAGGCAUGCAGGCGCUGGCCAUGCACCUCGGCAACCCGAGUGGUCGCCUCGUACAGAACUGUCUUUGGACCCUCAGGAACCUCUCUGAUGCUGCUACUAAGGUGGAGGGUCUGGAGGCUCUGCUGCAGAGCCUGGUGCAGGUGCUGGCGUCCACUGACGUCAACAUCGUGACUUGCGCUGCGGGCAUUCUCUCCAACUUGACCUGCAACAAUCAGCGCAAUAAGGUGACAGUGUGCCAGGCUGGAGGUGUGGACGCGCUGGUGAGGACUGUGGUGUCGGCAGGUGACCGCGAGGAGAUCACGGAGCCAGCAGUAUGCGCGCUGCGUCAUCUCACCUCCAGACAUCUGGAUAGCGAGAUGGCGCAGAAUGCUGUACGCCUGCAUUACGGAUUGCCGGUGAUAGUGAAGCUGCUGCAGCCGCCAUCGCGCUGGCCGCUGGUGAAGGCGGUGGUGGGGCUGGUGCGCAACCUGGCGCUCUGCCCCGCCAACCACGCGCCUCUCCGCGAGCACGGCGCUGUGCACCAUCUCGUGCGCCUUCUCAUGCGCGCUUUCAACGAUACUCAGAGACAACGGUCGUCAGUGUCGGGUGGUGGGGGUGGUGGUGGUGCAGGAGGGGCCUACGCGGAUGGUGUGCGCAUGGAGGAGAUAGUGGAGGGUGCGGUGGGCGCUCUGCACAUCCUAGCGCGUGAGGGUCUCAAUCGCCAACUCAUCCGCCAGCAGAACGUCAUACCCAUCUUUGUGCAGCUGCUCUUCAAUGAAAUUGAAAACAUACAGCGUGUGGCGGCCGGAGUGCUGUGCGAGCUGGCGGCUGACAAGGAGGGUGCAGAGAUGAUAGAGGCUGAGGGUGCCACCGCACCGCUCACUGAACUGCUGCAUUCACGUAAUGAAGGAGUAGCUACGUACGCAGCGGCUGUACUGUUCCGCAUGUCAGAGGACAAGCCGCAUGACUACAAGAAGCGGCUCUCAAUGGAGCUCACCAACUCACUGUUCCGCGAUGAUCAUCAGAUGUGGCCCAAUGAUCUCGCCAUGCAGCCUGACUUGCAGGAUAUGCUGGGCCCGGAGCAAGGAUACGAAGGCUUGUAUGGCACUAGACCAUCGUUUCACCAGCAAGCAGGCUACGAUCAGAUCCCGAUAGACUCGAUGCAGGGCUUAGAGAUCGGCAGCGGCUUCGGCAUGGAAAUGGACAUCGGGGAGACGGAGACUGGCGAUGGUGGAGGAGCAGAUCUCGCCUUCCCCGAGCCACCGCACGACAACAACAACGUCGCCGCCUGGUACGACACCGACCUGUAAGCCCGCGUCUACAUCAUCAUCAUCACCUCCCUCGCCUUAUCCCACUCAUGUGGGAUCGGGAUACAAAUAUUAUAUAAUAAACCUUAAUUUUUACUGCAAGCCGCCUUUCUACACCGACUCCUUGACUAAAAUGUGACGUCACUGAUGCAUACGUCACUUUCUGUCUUGUUAGACAAGUUGAUGACGUCACGUGACGUAAUCCUACACCGACACCACGACUG